UGGAAAAAUAUGUCGAGAUAACUUACAAGUUGGGCGAGAUCAAAGUCGCUGUGGACCUUAUGCUUUUGUUCACAUUUGCCAAAGGAAGGCUUGUUACCUACUCCCCUUUUUUUAAGUGCCCUCACUGACUUACUCUCUCCGCGGUUCCCCUAUUAUACAUUGACCCUUCCCUGUUUCUUCUUGUGAGAGUUUCUCCUUCUUUCGCUUACUAUUUUGUCGUUGUUAGUCGUCGUCUCGGCUGCUGUUGGUCAUGGAAAAAAGGCAUACAAUAUGUAAGAUCUGCAACAGAAGGUUCGCCAAUGGCAAAGCCCUGGGUGGUCACAUGAGAUCUCACUUUGCUAAACACCCAAUUCCUCCUAAACUCACUCUCCCAUUUUCUUUCUCAAAUCCACCAGAAUCCAAUUCUUCUUCUGCACUUAGUUGUCCUUCCAGCGAGAUUAAUCACUCCUAUAGAUCUGUAAACCACGAAGUUUUUAGCGAAGUUGAAUUUUCCAGAAAUCCAUUUGGGAGAAGAUCCAAACGGUUCUUGAACAAGGCGGGUUCAUCAAGUUCCAUUAUCCUCUCUGCACUUCCUGAUGAAACUUUAUCCGACGAAGAUGCUGCAAUGUGUCUUUUAAUGCUUUCUAGAGAUAAGAGAACUUCAAAACAAUACAAAAAAGAAUUGGAUUAUGAAUAUUAUGGUGAUGAUAAUGAUGGUGAGAAUUUGGAUGAAGAAGAGAAGAAUGAUGAGUUGUUUUGCGUCACUAAUAUCAAAUCUCACUCAACUCACCCAAAGUAUAAGUGUCAAACAUGUAACAAAAGUUUUAAAUCUCAUCAAGCUUUGGGUGGGCAUAGAGCUAGUCACAAAAACAAGCAAGUUAUAAGAGCUAAGGCUGAUGAAAGAGAAGUGAGUGCUGGUGGUUAUCAUCAGAUUCAUCAAAAAAGAAUAUUUAAGUGCCCGUUUUGUGACAAGAUGUUUCAGUCGGGUCAAGCACUGGGUGGGCAUCAAAAAGUUCAUUUUUCUAACUUACCUGUCGCUCAUAGUAAGACAACGUCGUUUACUAUUCAAUUGGUCGAUCUUAAUUUACCAGCUUCUGGAGAAGGUGAUGAUGAUGAUGAUGAUGAAGUUAGGCUGGUUGAGAAUUCGACAGCAUCGAACAAUGGAGAAAUGUGAUCUCUUCCAAGUAUGCUCUGAUGG